AUGGACGAAGUUAUGUUUCUUUUGGGUGGCCUCAUUGGAUUAUACUGCUUCACAAUCACUACUUAUGCCUUCUCACCUUCUGGAUGGACCAAUGCCCAUGCCACUUUUUAUGGGGGUAGUGAUGCUUCAGGAACCAUGGGGGGAGCUUGUGGGUAUGGAAAUCUGUAUUCAACAGGGUAUGGAACUAGAACUGCAGCUUUAAGCACUGCCUUAUUUAAUGAUGGAGCUUCCUGUGGUGAGUGCUACAAAAUCAUAUGUGAUUACAAAGCAGACGCCAGAUGGUGCGUCAAAGGAAGAUCUGUCACCAUAACCGCCACAAACUUUUGCCCUCCCAAUUUUGCUCUUCCUAACGACAAUGGAGGCUGGUGCAACCCACCCCUCAAGCAUUUUGACAUGGCCCAACCUGCUUGGGAAAAAAUUGGUAUUUACAGAGGAGGAAUCGUGCCAGUCUUAUUCCAAAGGGUUCCAUGCAAAAAGCAUGGAGGGGUUAGGUUCAGUGUGAAUGGGAGGGACUACUUCGAGCUUGUGUUGAUCAGCAAUGUGGGUGGAGCUGGAUCCAUCCAAUCUGUGUCCAUCAAAGGGUCGAAAACAGGGUGGAUGGCUAUGUCAAGAAACUGGGGUGCUAAUUGGCAAUCCAAUGCAUAUUUGAAUGGUCAAUCUUUGUCCUUCAGGGUCACAACCACUGAUGGAGAAAUCCGAGUUUUCCAAAAUAUUGUUCCAGCAACUUGGACUUUCGGUCAAACUUUCUCUAGUCCAGUUCAGUUCUAA